GUAACAUACUCACUCACACCUUCGACACAGCCUCACAGCCUCUGUUACACUGAGGCAGAUCUUGACAGUGUGAGGAGGAAGAUGCAUGUCUUCAUCAGAAGACAGGACAAUAGCUCCUAAAGCUGCAGAGACAAAUACAUGCCAGGACUACAAACACACAGAGAGAAAGACAGAGCCCUGAGGGAAGGGCAUUUCAGAAAGGGCAGAACAGGGCGGAAGGUUUAUUCUGGUGCUUAAAAAGGACCGAAAGCAAUCCGAAAAAAGCUGCCUUCUGAGGAUUCUCAGCCUCUCUGCAUACAGUACGAACACUCUGUCUCUUUCUGUCUGCAGAAAUCGCUCACUGCUGCUGCUGCUGAGGUUAGAGUCUCCACAAAAGACUGCUUUACAGACCAAGAAUAUGAGUGAGGCAAAGAAAGGUGAGCUUGCCAUCCGAGAUAAAGCCAUCCUGCACCAGCAGAGGCGUCUGAAGCAAGCCACCCAGUUCACACACAAGGACUCAGCUGACCUCCUGCCCCUGGACGGGCUGAAGAGACUCGGCACAUCCAAGGACUUGCAACCUCACAGCAUCGUGCAGCGCCGCCUGAUGGAGGGAAACAUCACGCGGCUUCGAAGCGAGGCCCGGGACGCCAAUGCCAGGAUCCGAUCCCCGCUGGCAGACGGCAAGGACGGAGUGGCGGAUGCCGAGGAGAAGAGCGAGAGCACUGCCGACGACUCCACGGAGGAGAGGGAGUCUCUGGAGGAGAGCGAGAAGAGCCUACGGUCGGACGAUGAUGACGACAGCAGCGAGGCCGGAGCCAGACAGAAGAGCCCCACCCUGCUCAGCACUCUGGUUGUUCAAUGCAAGUGCCAAACUGAAGUGGAAAAAUCACAAUGUGACACCAAAAUCACCCCCCUGUCUUCCCCACAGUGCUGCGAGACAGAAGUGAAGGCAUCCAUCAACACCGGUUGCCAACACAACCACAUCUCCAGCUCAUGCUGCCAGAGGCUGGGACUAGUGCCAAGUUCACCAUGUGGUGGGAGCAGCUCAGUGACGGAUCUGCAGCUGCAGCUGGGCAGACAGACUGUCCAGUGUUCAGCAUAUGUCAAAGAGGACGAGGCGUUUGAGCUGUGCCUGGGUCUUCAGACUCUGUUGGAACUUAAAUGCUGCCUGGACUUGAGCAGCCGGGUCCUGAAGCUGCAGGGAGACGAGCUGCCCUUUCUGAACCCUUCGACCGACAGCCUGUGCCAACACGACACCAACGAGAACCUGUGAGCCGACUCCACCGAGGCUUCCACCUCUGAAUCUCGACCCGCUGCAGCCACGUGGCGCGAUGCAGAGUCUGAUCACAGUGUCCGUCCCACUGCCAGAACAUGGAUGAGCUACGGUCUUUCUUGAGUUUACAUCAUUGUGUUUGUAGAAUUAAGACAUUCACCUUUGAUUAUCUCUUAUAUUAAAUUAGUCUAGUUUACAGAGCAGGUGUAAGCCUGUUUUGUGCAGAUCCAUUCUGAGGGUCUAAUAAUUCUUUAUGAUUAUCUUGUUUAUUCAAACUUAUCCUCUGUUGAGCUGCUAGGGUACAAUGAUGCUCUCUAAAGUGGAAAACCAUUAUAAUCAUUUAAGUGGAAUUUUAGGGGAAUAGGUUGUGAUUUGGCUGCACAAAAAUGACUUUUAAUUAUCAAAUAAAUAAAAAAGUGUUAAGUGUAUAUCUUUUCAGUUUGGAUGGUUUGAGAGGGAUUGUUUUACAUUUUGGAAGCCAUGGUAGUUCAUUUUCUUAGCAAUUGACAUGAGGAGCUCCAACGAUCAUGUCUGUAUGGGAUACAAUGCAGCCAGUAGCCAGUUAGCUUAGCUUAGUAUAAAAACAGGAAACGGGGAAACAGCUAGCCUGGGUCCGACCAAAAAAACCCUACACAUUUUUUUUUUUUACUCGCAUACUAACAUAAAACUAGUGAAAACAAAGUUAGAAAACAGUCCCUCCUGAACUUUUUUAGACUAUCGUUGGAACAGAGCUAGCUAGCUGUUUCUUUAUGCUGAGCUAAGCAGCUGCUAGCUGUUGCUUCACAUUUACCUUACAGACACGAUCGAGGUAUCAAUCUUUUCAGUAUCCACUUGUCAAGAAUGUGAAUAAGCAUAUUUCCCAAAAUGGCAACUCUUCCUUUUAAAACCAACGUGAACCCUCUUACAAGUAUUGGUACUCAGGAACUGUGUGUCCUGUGUGUUAAAGGAAAUGUUCAGAUGCCUUGAAGUUUUUUGAAGUCUUGGUUAGGCUAAGAUCAGGCUACCUCUCCAAGAAACAAAAACCGGUUCUCAUCUAGAAUUUCAAACGAGAGAUCAGAGGAAAAACUCCUUUCCUGAUGUAAUUAUAUUCUGCUUUAUGAAACCCUUCUACUCUUUCUGUCCCUAUCAAAAGACUGACGAGGGGAAGUUUUCCGGACUGUCACAACCGCCUUGCCCGAAUUACAAAUAGUUCCCUAUAAGUCCUUUCAAAUAAAAAUAGACUUCAGGCCAGCCAGAAAAACAUAUUUGACUCAGCUACAGAAAUAUCAAAAACAUUCCAUCUGCAUGACUUUGUAAAAUUCUGCCUUUGUAUAAGUCUGCAUGUUUGUGUACUAGUCUGAAGUGUUUGCAGGGGCUGUGUGUGUGUGUUAUGUAUGGGAGUCAAAAGCCAGGGAUGUUAAUGCCUUGUUUUUUACUUUGGUUUCACACGGGGAAAAGAGGAGUACCUCAUAAUCUUAUCCCAGACCAGUCCACCAAGCUCCGGUCAGAACAAGCUGCCAAAAGCCGACCCCGGCUGCCUUUCCUCUCCGCCGCUUUCAAGAGAUUCUCAUCAACAGUGGCCGCGCUUUGUGCCAAGACCCUUCUCUAAAACUCAUCUUCCUCUUUAUUCAGAAGGCCACUCUUCCUUGUGUAUUUAUCAUCUGUUUUAUUAUUCAAUAUGCCUCCUCACGUUUGUCACAAGGAUAUAAAGAGCUCCCCAUUAAGGUGCCACCUGCCUCUCUCAGUGUUUCCAUAGUGUGGAGAAUCAAGAGCUGCCUCAGAUCAUGCUGUGCUUUAAUGACACGUGAGUCGUGCCGUGCGUUUUGACUGGUCUACAGUAUCCAUAAAAUCUCUCCACGGAGGUCCUCCACACAUAGAUCUGUCUUUCUUUGAUGUACUAGUGAUCUUCCUGCGCCGUAUGAGAGAAAUCAAUGUAUGACAGAAAUUUAUUUUUGGUGUUUCUCUUCUUCUGAACAGUAUUUUCUCUGCCUAAUAAAAAUAUGUAUUCUGGCUA